AUGGCUCGAAGAGUGGAUAGCAUUGAAGUUCUCGAAAGGGCCGCUGACGGCUUUAAACUUUCUCUGUUUCUAAGCGCUGUGAGCUGCGAGGUCUUCAAUGGCGGCAUCGAAACUCACAGCAUUGCAAAAGGGAUAUCGCUUCUGGCUGUUUCCUUGAAACAUGCGGGGCGAAUCCUCCAGGAACCUGACCCCAUAUACUCCGUACAAGCUGCAAACACCAUCGGGGAAAUCUCGCAUCAGAGUGCUGCAGUAUUUGACGAACUCAAGUCAAUGCUGAGCAAUGCUCAGGCUCGUGACAACGGAGCAUCCAAAAAUGAAACUUUACGAGAUCAUUUUCUCCGUUGUUUCAAAAAACACCGUGUCACAUAUCUCAUCGCCUACAUGGAGUCACUCAAUCUUAGUCUCAUGGCUAUAGGGCAAAUAAUAAACUUAAGGAAACUAUUAGCUUCAAAGAGGUAUAUGGAACAGGGCCUUGCUACAGCUUUAAUUGAACAAGAACGCGCUGAAAUCCAGAACAUGCUUAUCAUUCGAUGCUGGUCCUUGAACAGAUUAGACAGGCUUUACGAUCUGGCUCGCCGAGAGGCAGAAGAAUGGAACAUACCUUGUAUACUCAACCCUGCUUUUGAUCCCUCAAUACCUGCAAGUCAACGUAAUGCUUUCAGAAAGCUUCGUGCUGUUUCAUUUGGAGAUGUCGACAUCAGUUUACAGCAAAUCAAAAAGACACCCAAAGACAUGGUCCAGGUAUCUGCCGAGGCAAUCGACCCAUUAUUACAGCUAUGGGUGCGAAGAAAACAGGUCUCAUGGAAUUUAAGCUCUUGCCUACAUCAUGACAACUGCUUUGAGCUACCAUGCGAUCCUCCUACUCCUAAGUCUGCGGAUGUGAAGACUUCAGAAGGCUCGGAGCCACCUUCUCAAAGAGCCAAAGUAUAUGCUGAUGAUCUUCAACAAGGAUAUUCCAAGUACUGGGCUACUGUUCAAACAGAUUCGGAGAGUGAGACCGAGGAUGAUGAGGCCUUACCAAAUAAUGUUGCCGAUCCGUCAUCUUCAUCUUAUAUUUCUCAGCAUGAACAGUCUGGUUCUUCUGCGAGUGAUAGCAGUACCCAGAGGUGUCCCAGCUUACAGAGAAAUGCCAGUUAUACCACAGCGUAUGCUCGUCCUAAUCUUAAUGCGAAUGAGCAGUGCAACUCCAGACCACAAACGUUCCUUCCCCAAAGGUCCAGGACUGGGCCUUUUGACAACCGUGAUACGUACAAGAUACCGGUACAUAAUUUCGGAGAUUCUUCCCCUAAUGCAUCGUCAAAUACGGAUACAUGGAAGAUACCAUAUAAUGCAAAUCAACCAACGGGGCAACAUCCUAGCGGUCCUCACUACCCUCCAACCGCUACCCCAUGUCCAUAUCCCAAUUAUUCCCCAAAAUAUCCGAUAAACCCUCCUCAUAGAUCAUACACCCACCCACCUGGGCCUUAUCCCCGCCCGCAUGCCAGCUCAUAUUACCGCACAUCUCAGGCACCCUUAUGCCCGAGUCAACCCCAGUCAGAAACGCUAUUUCACCGUGCUCCAUCCACCCAUGAUGCCCGUGCUUAUCGUUCUAGACCCCGUGUUUCUUUUGUGGACGAGCAAUCCUCCGACUCAUCAAGCAGCGAAGCAAGCAGGGAUAGGUUACGAAGAGGGGACAAAAUGAAGGAGCAGAGAAGGCAGAGAUCAAAUGUGAAGGACAAGAAAUCCAGGCCCUCGACAAAGAGCUCUAGACGAUCAACGUUGCACAGCGUUUUAGUUGAGCUGGCAGAUCACUUAUGCAUUUUAUUUCUCUUAUGGUGUGGUAGAAGAUAUACUAGUACCGAGCUUGUUGAGAAGGGUAGUUUCUUUGCAACCGAACAGAAGAAAAUUGGAAAGGAAAAAAAUGGUUGGUUCCGUUUCUCCUCUGCCAAUAUGAAGGCCCAGUUGCAAGGAUUUAAAAAGUAUCACAGCCUCCCCAAUAAAGGAAAAAGAAAAUCAAAAGUUAUCAAAACUUAA